CCUCCAAUGAAGUAGAUGGAGUUCAGGAGAGGGCGGAGUUAAGGGAAAAGGUUGUUUUACUGUCCCGACUGCUGGUAGAAGCGGAAGACUGCAGGUGCCUGUGGUGUUUGAUCAUUUAAGAUGUUUUCCAAAGCCACAAAAAAUUUCCUGAGUGAAAUUGAUGCAGGGGGUGAGUUGAUACCCAUCUCCAGUUUAAAUGACUGUGAUAAGGCCCAGCUUCUCAGCGUGGUGGCAAAGAAGAAGCGAUUCUGGUGGUGGCAAAAACCAAAGUAUCUUUUUUCAUCAUGUGCCUGUUUUCUUGGUGACGUACUGACUGAUGAGAAGCCAGUGAAACCAGUGGUAGUUGAGUCUGAAUUUGUGAAAUAUGAAGGAACAUUUGGAGAUGAACUAAAGGCUAACAUAGAUGCUGAUGUUGGAACAUUUCAUGGCAAUGCUUCUGGCUCUGGUCAUGUACAAACCACAUCUACCUUUGGCACCCUUAGAAAACAAGAAGUAGACAUGUACCAUCUCAUGAAAGCUGUGCAAAACAGGAAGAUAAACUUGCACCACCCAUUCGUAAAGCAGCUACAUGGCAACAAGCAUGACUUAUUGUGUAUUGUGAAAGAAAAGAUUAUAACCGCCCAGAAGUGCAUUAUUUCAGAACACACACAGACGCAGGAAACGUUUGGUGGGAAACUUGGCAUUCAAGCAAAAAAGGUUAAGAUAUCCGUAGCAGAAAAUGGAAGCUUUGCAAAGGAUGAAAACACAGUACUGGAAAUACCUGCUCCUACUGCCAUUGCUUAUGCAGUUGUGGAAUUAUUGGUAAAAUGCGAUGGACAAUUUGAAUUCUGUUUUUUAUCUGAAAUACAAGGAGGCUUUGAGAAAGAAAGCCUUAAAAAGCAUGAGCAUGCAGAGCCACUGCUGAGUAACACUGCAUCGCUAUUUGACUGGGACAUGGUGGAUUUAUCCAGAAAUAUCUCUGUGGAUGGAAAGGCUGUUCCAAGCAAUUAUUCCUUGUCUGCCAUAAAAUCAGACAUACUGGAGAUAACAAAGCCUUUUUCUGUACUGCAAGACCUUCCUGAAGCCCAUCGUGGAGAGAUUUAUAAUGGACUUUUUGAAAUAUUGCACGAUGGGCAAACAGUCACUCAGCUACAGGCUGUGGUAGAAGAGAUCUGUUUAGAAAAAAGGCCUGGCCUGACGUUCCUUUCUGAGUUAAAGUCACCUGAGAGAGCGUGGGUUCAGAAGAUCCUCCACCUCAUUGGGUAUGAUAUGCUAAACCAGAAGCUAAUCGAGCCAUUUAAGAAAGACUUGCUUUCUGCUGUACACCUCCUUACCAGUGCACUGGACGAGAUGCCAGACACUGCAUUGGCAAUACUCGGUGCUUGCUGUAAACUUCAUCUGUUGCCAGCUCUCUGGGCCCUGACAAACAUCACGUCAGAUGAAGGACUUUGUUCAAGGACAGAACCAGCACUGACUGAUCUCAUCCAUCAAGGCAGAUUUCAGAUUGCACAGAGUUUAUUCUCGUUUUUCAACAUGAGGCUGGAACUGAAUGAAAAAAACAUUGCUGUGACCAGCGAGGACCCUAGCUUACUCCCGCAUAUUCUCUACAUUGCCAUCUCCGGUUUUCAUGCAUUAAAGAAUAACCUCAAAAUCUGAUCUAUUCCAACCUGGCUCAGAUCAUAUCAGCAAAUCCACACAGUGAGCCCUGUGCUGGAUUUACUUAUUUGAAUCAAAUACAUAAGAAAACAGGACAGCAGUAUUUUACUACACAGAUUUUCAAGCCUCAAAGGAGAUAUAUAUUUGAUGCAUAUGCACUUUAUUGAUCUUUGUUAUACCUGAAGGAGGUGCCUGAAAAAGGCGUUUGGACUAAAACCUCACAUGUCUGGUAAAUUAAAGCCAUAUUAAAACGUA